UUACGUUUCCGCGCAACACAUUCGGACUGGAUUGGUUCGCGCCUGAUCUAUGCGCCUACGCGAAAAGUUAGCGACGCUCGCUUAGUCGAGUAUCUCGGCAAUGCGCUGUUGUUGAAGUCCCACUUCCCCGACUACCUUGCCGGCUUCGACUUGGUUGGCUAUGAGGCCGAGGGUCGCCCAUUGCGUGAUUAUGCUCGCGAGCUUCUCGCUGUACAAGAUGAAAUCAACUUCUAUUUUCAUGCUGGCGAAACCAAUUGGUAUGGCUCAAGCAUCGAUGAAAAUCUACUCGACGCUGUGCUACUCGGCACUAAGCGCAUUGGUCAUGGCCUGGCGCUGCUUAAGCAUCCCGAGGUGUUGCGUUUGGCGCGUUUGCGAAAUAUUGCCAUCGAAGUGAGUCCGAUAUCAAAUCAAGUGUUGCAAUAUGUUGGCGAUUUGCGAACUCAUCCCGCUGCGGUGCUGUUUGCGCAAAAUUAUCCAGUUGUGAUCGCUUCGGAUGAUCCAUCAUUUUGGAAGGCUACGCCGCUAACACAUGACUUCUAUGUGGCAUUUAUGGUGAUUGGCUCGCAGAAGGCAGAUCUUGGCAUGCUAAAGCAGUUGGCUUCGAACUCGAUUACAUAUGGGGCAUUUGAACAGGCUCAGCGGGAGAAAGCCUUUGAAAAAUGGAAUAAAAGAUGGGAGAAAUGGAUUGACGAUGUCCUGAGGUAGACGACAGGAUGCGAAUAAAAAUGUUUGUGUAUUUUCUAGUUUGAAAAUUUACAAUUUUCUCUGAUGAUUAAGAAUAA